AUGCUUGCAGAAGUAAAUUGGGUUGUUGCCAUACCUGCUAGUAUUUUCGGUACAUUUUGCCUCAUUUCAAUAACUUUUAUUUGUACUUUUGGAUGUAGGACUAAACAGCCAAAAGAUGAGCUCACAGGGGUAGAGGGAAGAGUCAGAAUCACCAACCCAGAUGAAUUUAAAGAAGAAGUAAAUGCAAAUAAUAUAUCAGCAGAUUUAUUAACUGAGAAAGUUCAAAAAACUGCCAAGAGAAGUCUACCUGAUUUACCUGUAGACUUAAAUGUUUCCAACAGAGGAGACAGUACAUGGGAACCCAACGGAGAUGCAGUCUCUGAAUUAUAUGCAACAGUUGUUUUACAGGAUGAAAAAAACAAAAAUUUUGCAAGGCAAAAAAGCGAUUCUGAUUCAGGCAGCCAAUCGGCAGCAUGUCCCAGCAAUAAAGAUCAUCCUUAUGACAAACUCAAGAAAAUUGAACAUCCCUAUGCUCAAGUAAACGAUCUUGAUACUAAUCAAGGAACAAAUAAUACAUCACAAUCAAUCAAUAAAAGUCACAAAGAAGUUGAAACACCUGAACAUGAUGAAGUUAAAAGGUUAAGUUCUAACCAGCCUGAAAGUGAAUCAAACUUUGUUAUUCCUGCAGCUAAUGCCAUCACUGGAAACGUCACAGCCAAUGAUGAUCUUCCCUAUAUGACUCCUCCUGCUCAUUUCAGUGGAGAUUCUCAGGAUUCUGGAAAAGGAUACACCAGUAUUAGCGUGAGAGAGCCUUUAUCAGCUAUUUUAGCUGAAAGUAAAUCACCGUCACGCCGUGUAGAUUCACAUUAUGCAACAGUAUCAGAUGAUUCUGAUGAUAUGUAUGCAGCCAUUGAGGAUCCAAGUCAAAUUUACACAAGUGAGAGUGAAACCUAUGCUCAAAUUCAUACAGGGUUUACAAAGUUAAAAAACAUUCCCCAGCCUCCCAGUGUUGAUAUACUCAAGCAAAUAACAAUUUCUCCUCAACCUCAUUCCAGACAAGCAUCAUCAUCGAGUCUCGCGAGUUCUACUAUUAUCGGUUCUCCUAAACCGGAAAAGAGGCCUUUCAAUUCUCCUCUUCCCCCGACUCCGACUAAAAAUCCCGAUUCCGUUGAAGAUGUUUUUGUAACUGCAUUUAAAAAUGCAAAAUCCUCCUCUGGUUCUCCGAAAAAUCUCGAAGAUAUGUAUGCUAAAGUGAAUAAGAAAAAUCGUCGUGAAAUUAAUUCUCUUGAAAGGGGAGGAAGCACAGAAAGCGGAGUUAGCGAAAGUUCCGAUUCUUUAAGUUUUAAACUUCAAACGAAUACGACCGAAAGUAGUCAUUCGUGUCACAGUUACCUUAGUAAAUCACCUCUAACGGAUUCCCCUUCGUCCAAUGGUCUUUUCCCCACGGAAUCUCCCAUUUCUGAUAAAGAUUUACAAUCGGGAUACGAGAAAUUAGGAGGAUGCGAUUCCUUCGAUUACGAUAAACAGGUCGAUGACGACGACGAUGAAGAUGACGACGGAUGUUACGAAACGGUUAACAAAAACCAGUCGUCAGAAUCGGAACCAGAAUAUGAAAAAUUGAAACCACAGAAACACGAUUACGUCAACAUCGAAAGAACGGAUAAUUCGUUUAAUUUUGAUAAAAUGGACAGCGAUGCAAGCGACGGUUACACCAGAGUCAAAGUGGAUUCCCAAGAUAACGAAAUUUAUUCUAAAAUAGAUGCCAACGAAAGCGACGGAUACGCAAGGGUCGAACCACAAGAAAAUUCAAACUCGAGAGAUUGUGAUUAUGCAAAAGUUUAUAAAAAAAAAGAUAAGGAUAAAGUUGAUGAACCGAAUUAUGAAAAAAUGGAAAUUGGUAAAACAAGUGAAAAAAAAUAUAACGAACUUAAUUGUGAGCCGACCUACGAAAGUUUAAAUAACGAAUUUGAUGGAGACGGUUUACAUGAACCCAAUUACGAAAGCGUUCGAUUCGUUCAAAAAGAUAAUUUAAAACAACAACCGUCUCAGGUUUUUAGAGAUUGCGGCGAAUCGACGGCAACACAAAGUUAA